AUUUGAUCCCGUCCGUUUUCUCCCCGUUCCACUCCCUUCUCCCUCCUUUUUUUUUGGCGUGUCGCUCGCUGGACACAGUCUCAUCAACAACAACAUUACUAUCAUCAUCAGCACAGUAUACCGUUUCGGAUCUCGAUAGACAGCAUCGCAGCGGCUUGGAGAAGCGUUGAGAUCAGACGGCUGGCACGUCUUCUUGGAUAGACUCCUGCAUUCACCCUAUUGCAUCCCGCUGGAUACUCGGAGGAGUGAGGAGCAAGCACCGCAACGGUAUAUGGACAGGAAACAUGGUCGAAGAUAAAUACAUUGGAUUGACACUCGCUCUGUCCGGGACAUUCCUUAUAGGGUCGAGCUUCAUCAUCACAAAAAAGGGUCUGAACGACGCUGCGAAACGCACAUCUUAUCCGCAUUCUCAUCAACGUUCAAAUGGGCCCAAGGGCGCAUGUGAGCUAGUCGCUGUGACUCUUUGCGUAGCUCAUUCUCAUUCAGCUGAGGAUCUCGCGUACCUGCGUAAUCCGAUAUGGUGGGCUGGAAUGAUCACUAUGGUCGUUGGAGAGCUUGCCAACUUUGCUGCAUACACUUUCGCACCCGCUAUCCUGGUGACUCCAUUAGGAGCCAUGAGUGUCAUUAUAGGGGCUAUUCUAGCAUCAUUCAUUCUAGACGAGAAGCUCGGCAGAUUAGGAGUUUGCGGCUGUGCUUGCUGUAUCAUCGGCUCAGUCGUCAUAGUGCUCCACGCACCCUCCGAUCCAGAGGUCGAGACCGUGGAUGAGAUCCUGGCAUAUGCUUCUCAAACUUCCUUCCUCCUCUAUAUCACAUUCGUCACCAUCUUUUCGACCUACAUGAUCUUCAAAGUGGCCCCGAUACACGGCACAAAGAACCCGAUGGUCUACCUGUCAAUCUGCUCUUUGGUCGGCAGUGUCUCCAUCAUGGCUAUCAAGGGACUUGGUGUAGCCCUCAAGCUCACUUUUGCGGGAAAUAAUCAACUGACGCAUAUGAGUACCUAUGUAUUUGGAGUGGUGGUCGUCGGGUCUAUCCUGGUGCAGAUGAACUACUUCAACAAGGCUCUAGAUACCUUUUCAACCAAUGUCGUCAACCCGAUAUAUUACGUCUUCUUCACGACAGCUACUAUUGUAGCCUCCGCCAUCAUGUUCUCUGGCUUCAAUACCUCUGGAGGCGUUAAUACAGUCUCGCUGAUCUGCGGAUUUCUCAUCAUCUUCAUGGGUGUCUACCUGCUCAACCUGUCUAGAGAGCCUGAAGCGCCACAUCACUCGAGCUUGGAGACUGGAUUUAUGAACCCCCGUAUGUCCAUGUCAGGUCGGUUAUCUAUGGAGUCCAAUGGGCACAACAAUUGGAACUACGCUUCAGUCCCUAACAAUUAUGCCCCUGGCGGCGUCCUGCAGUCCCCGACUCACGGACGCAGAUCCAACAUUUACAGAGCCCAGAAUGCCACUUUGUUUUCCGCCUUUGAAGAGGACGGCGUCGCUCUCUCAGACUUACCGGAAGAAGAUGAGAGUGGAGAUGAAGAACGGACGAUCGGUAGGAAUAGCGCAUCUGUAGGCCGAGAUGGAUCGAGCAGGAGUCUGGUCGGGAGCAGACCGAGUGGGAAUGGAGGGGUUGCGGGCGGCACGACAAAUGGAAGGACGAGAGAGGGUGAAGUUGGAGGUGGGACACAUGCCUCUUAUGGGAUUGAGAAUAGAUGAGAUCCCGGGGCGAUCGGAUGAGUCUCAUUUUGGCCAAAGGGAUCUCAAAGAGGAAGCAUCUACUCUCAUCAACGGACGAGCAUUCAUCCAUCUCAUCGAGUUCAACAUUCAUUUUCUCCUCUCUGUGUCGCAUCUCACCUUCUCCAACAUUGGUGUAUGCAUAUCUUGUACGCUAGUCGGGAAACAAUGCGCGGAAGGUACCAAAAAGGAUUCGC